AUGAAGUUGCCAAGAACAGGAAAUAUGCAGGUGGUUUCACCAUAUGAAUAUAAAGGGCCCCUGCCCUUGGAGUUGAGGGAACUGGCCCGGGCUGUGAUUGGACCCCUGAAAAGUGGACUCCAUUCCCUCAACAACGUCUUGGACAUGCUCCUUAGUGUGAAUGCAGACAUUGUCCUUCCUGGAUGCCAGACCUUUAAUGACAUCAGACACCAGAUUGAAAACAUGAAGCAGCAGAUGAAAAAGUCAGAGCUGGUAGCCGGAGAAGAGCUUCAACGACUGGAUGGGGAGACUGUGAGACUCAUGGCAGAGCAGAGUAAUUUAGCGAAUCAGAGAAAGCAGAGUGAGAGCGAGUUAGAAACAUGUAAAACACAGCUGGAGUCACACAGGUCCUCUCUAGAGAGUUACAUUCAAGCUCUGGACACAGAGUAUUUAGCCCUGGAGUCAGCAGAAGACACCCUAGACCACCAGAGACGGAGGAGAGACAAAGCUAAGACAGCACGAAAUGUAGGGAUUGGGCUCAUGUUUAUCCCAAUUGUGGGAACGAUCGCUGGAGCAGUUGUGGCUGGUGUUGGUCAGAGAAACAUGAAUCGGGCCUCUGAUGCUGUGGACAGCACUGAUAAGGAGGUGGAAAACUGUGAAUCUCAGGUGAGAUCAUACUCUGGCAAAGUGGACGAGUACGAGUCCUUGAUCCGUAAAGCUGAGUGCGACAUCGAAGAGGCUGACAAUAAGAUUCAUGAGAUGGAGGCCAAACUGCAGGGGGUGUCUGUGCAGCGGGAGGUUGUUGCUGAUGUUCAGGCUAAAGUGAGGAGAACUGUCCAUCAGCUGGGGCUGCUGUGUGGAAGGGGGAGCGUGGCAGAGCUGCAGACCCGAUGCCAGAUCCUGCUGGAGCCUGUGAUGAAGGUGAUGGAGGAGAUGACAACAUCACUCGGUCAGAUCACUGGAGAUGACCUGCUGCACACAGAAGGCAUAAAUAGCCUAAUGAUGGAUAUGGAGAAGAACCACAGUAAACUACUAGAGCUUACCGCGUCCGAUGUGAGUUCAGAUGAUGGAGCAGAGCACUUUCCUUUCAUCCAGCUGUGUGUUGUUUUUUUUGGUAUAAUUAUUGUUGGUAUUAUUAUUAAGAACACACUAUUUUUCUAACCAAUGUUUGACCAAUUACUUGAGUUAAGGUAUAGAUACUCCUAGUCAAAUAUUACUCCAGCCCCACUGGGUCUUCAGUGUAACUUUUACUUGC